AAGGGAGAAAGUCGCAGGGUACACAUUAAAGAGCCCAUAUGCGGCUCGCGAGGCUGGCAGUGAGUACCGUGGGUUUCUCCUGCUGCUGGCACAGGAUGCCCACUGACACCUCGCCCAGGACUCUCUCUCCCCCUGGCACUGCCUGACUGCGUGUAACCCCACACAGAGCAGCAUAGAACACUUUCAUCCCCCGGGUUCGAGAGGUGGAACACCGAUUGUCAGGAAUUCUAUUUAUUCCCCCUGGAUUACAGGCAUGCUGGCUGCGUUCCUGAGCUGAACUCCAUGCAGGGACUGGAACACAAUCUCUGACUUCUUCCUGCAAACAUGCUCCUGUUUGGAGGGUAACCCUGCCUGUCACCACAUCUUCCCUUUUAUUAUCGUCUAACCAUAACAACAGCCUACACAAGACUCUGGAACAAAACUUCACCCUGGAGUGAUGCACAUGAUCGAUUGAAGGAUUGUUUUUACUUGCAAGUGGUAAUUGAAGCUUUAUUAAGACCUCAUGAUCCCCAGGACUGAGCGAACAAUUUGCACAGAGGAAUCCAUCUGGAUGUUAUUCAGGAUCUGAUUUCAUUACAUUGGAAAGGAGAUUCGGUACAAGUUCAGAACCUGAACGCAUUCUAAUGGAUCUGAGGCACGGCUCGCUGUUCCUUUUCUGGACGUCGCUCAUUUUACUGAUCAAUGAAAUGACUGCGCAGAAAUUGUUCACAAACACAUGGGCUGUACAUAUAUCAGGUGGUCCUGCUGUGGCUGAUAUGCUUGCACAGAAACAUGGCUUCCUAAACCAUGGACAGAUUUUUGAUGAUUAUUACCAGUUCACCCAUCGGGCUGUAGUCAAGCGAUCCCUAACUCCCCAUAGAUCCAGACAUUUUUUAUUAAGCAAAGAACCGCAGGUUCACUGGUUGGAGCAACAAGUGGCAAAGACAAGGAAGAAGAGAGAUAUGUUUACAGAGCCUACAGAUCCCAAAUUUCUACAGCAGUGGUAUCUGUACGAUGCAAGUCGCCAUGACCUGCAUGUAAAAGAAGCCUGGGAGCAGGGCUAUACUGGAAAAGGCAUUGUAGUGUCCAUAUUGGAUGACGGGAUAGAGAAAAACCACCCUGAUCUUCAAGGGAAUUAUGAUGCUGCUGCUAGCUACGAUGUGAACGAUCAGGAUUCAGAUCCACAGCCCCGAUAUACCCAGCUAAAUGAUAACCGGCAUGGCACAAGAUGUGCCGGUGAAGUAGCUGCUGUGGCAAAUAACGGGAUUUGUGGUGUUGGAAUAGCAUAUAAUGCCAAGAUUGGAGGGGUGCGAAUGUUGGAUGGAGAAGUGACUGAUGCAGUAGAAGCAAGGUCCCUUGGACUUAAUCCAAACCAUAUACAUAUAUACAGUGCCAGCUGGGGACCCGAAGAUGAUGGGAAGACUGUGGAUGGACCAGCUCGUCUAGCAGAGGAGGCGUUCUUUAGAGGAGUUAGUCAGGGCCGUGGAGGUCUUGGCUCUAUAUAUGUGUGGGCCUCUGGGAAUGGAGGAAGAGAACACGAUAGCUGCAACUGUGAUGGCUACACCAAUAGCAUCUACACUCUGUCCAUAAGCAGCACCACCCAGUUGGGCAAUGUCCCAUGGUACAGCGAGGCCUGCUCUUCCACCCUGGCAACCACGUACAGUAGUGGCAACCAAAAUGAGAAGCAAAUCGUGACGACUGAUCUGAGACAGAAAUGCACAGACUCUCACACGGGAACCUCUGCAUCUGCACCCUUGGCCGCAGGAAUUAUUGCACUCGCUCUGGAGGCAAAUAAUAAUCUCACUUGGAGAGAUAUGCAGCAUCUGGUUGUACGGUCGUCAAACCCCGCUCAUCUGAACACCAAUGACUGGCUAACAAAUGGAGUAGGCCGCAAAGUGAGCCAUUCAUAUGGCUAUGGUCUACUCGAUGCCGGAGCCAUGGUGAGUCUUGCUAAAAACUGGACCACCGUCGAACCACAGAGGAAAUGCGUCAUUGACAUUCUCACAGAUCGCAAGGACAUUGGGAGGCGUUUGGAAGUCAGACGUAAAGUGGAACCCUGUAGUGGGAUGUCCAACUAUAUCAGUGCUCUGGAACACGUCCAAGCCAGACUCACGUUAUCCUACAACCGGAGAGGAGACCUUACUAUCUAUCUGACCAGCCCAAUGGGUACCCGCUCUACUUUGCUGGCACCAAGACCUCAUGAUUAUUCAGCUGAUGGAUUCAAUGACUGGGCUUUUAUGACCACACAUUCCUGGGACGAAGAUCCAGCAGGGGAUUGGGUACUGGAAAUUGAAAACACCAGUGAAAAUAACAACUUUGGGACGCUCACCCAGUUUAUACUGGUCUUAUAUGGAACAGCAUCGGAAGCUCCAAGCCCAUCGAACCAGAUUGACAGCGGUGGAUGCAAAUCGGUAGCGUCUACCCAGUCCUGCGUUGUAUGCGAUGAAGGAUUUAUCUUGCAUCAGAAGACCUGCAUGAAGACCUGUCCACCUGGGUUUACAGCCAGCAUUCAGAAUAUUCACUACAAGCUUGAAAACAGUAUAGAACCUCUCUUGGCCAAUGUCUGCGUAGCGUGCCAUGCUUCCUGUGCCACCUGUAAAGGCACCACACUUAAUGACUGCCUUACGUGCCCGGCACAUUCACACUACAAUACUCUGGACAUGUCCUGCUCUCAUCAGUCUCAGAUGAGCCGGGAAUCUCCACCUUUAAAAGAAUGGCCUCAAGAAGUAGUACCUACAACAUCAAACUUGCCACUAGUUGUGGCCACCCUGAGUUGUGUUGUAAUCGUGGUGGUUUUUGUAGGCGUCUUUUUGUUCCUCCAGGUGCGCUCUGGGGUUAUCCUGGGGAGAAAGAAGUUGUACACUCUGGACAGUGGAAUUAUCUCCUACAAAGGAAUUCCAUCUGACAUGUGGCAGGAAGAAGGCUUCUCAGAGUCUGAAGUCGAGGAGUUUGAUACUCAUAGUGAGAGAACUGCGUUCAUUAAGCAACAGAGUGCCCUUUGAUGACAAUUAUGACACAUCCUCAAAAAUGGCAACAUUGAUUUUUUGCCACAGACCUUUUGUUUGAUUUUUUUUUUUUUUUUAAAACAACCCAUACCCAGACCAUCCAGGUGUUGCGAUAAUCGUCAGAUUUUGGAUCUAGCCUGUACAUUUGAGUAAUACCAAGGAAAUGUAUAUUGUUUGGUGCAAGAGGUUUGAGCAGUGUUACUCACACCCCUGGCACUAUAAGGACCUCAAAUCCUUGAGGUGUUUUUUUUGUUUAGUUUUUUGAGGGGGGUGGGGAGGGGGAGUUGUGUUUAACUUACAGUGCCUAUCAGUUCUCCAUUCUGCUCUUUUAUCUUAGUUUCUUGUUUUAUUUUGCCUGCCUGUCAAAGCUUUGGCCGCCUAAUCUUCACAGCUGACGAACCUCGAUGCAAACUGCUCACGAGUGCUUUUGAGAGAAGCCAGCCACCACAAGUUAGCCAAGUUGUGGCGAUGCAGUCAAAGCCUCAGUUCACAAAAUGAAUUGCUUCUCUUGACUGGAAACUCGUAGAGCAUUUUACAGCAAUUCAGUGCUAGAUAGUACAUCAGAGUUUGUACACAGGAUUGUAAUCCAAGUAGAGAACCAAGGUCAUGUCUCCUACACUAAUAAGUUAGUCUGCCAGCUUUGGCAGAGGGAUUUCCCAGUUGGGAUGAUCAGUAAUGUUAAUGAGAUUCAGAAGGCACGUUUCUGCAUUAUUAGAAAGUCUUGCUUGGCAUUGAAGUACAGCUGCUGUUUAACUACAUGAGAGAACAUAUAACAUCAAAACAAAAUGUAUCCAAAAACCUUACUCCAAGGAUACCCGCUACAUGUUUGUAUUCAAAUACAUAGACCCCGGCAUCAAAACAAUGUACGGGUAGAAUAGCAAGAAUACCUAUAUCCUGUAUUAAAACAAUUUUUCAUGGGUCUGACUAUGUCAACAUAGAUAAAGAUCGAUCUGGACAGAGAUGUUAGAAAUUACUUUUCCAUAAAGGAUCCCUAUUUAUCGUAAUUCAAAAAUAAAGUAAAUGUUCAAUAAAUUCAAAGCGGUUUAUCAGCAGAAUGAAACACACGGAAACAAAAAUUCUUAACUAUGUCGUAUCUGGUGAAAAUAAUUAGCAGGAUUUUAAAUACAUUAAGAUCAGCCAAUAUGUAUGUUUUUUGUUCAUUUGGAUCCAUUUUUAUUGUAGGUAUUGUCUCCUCUGAGACUGCAGUUUAACAGCGUUUAUGAGCGAAAAUCGUCCAACAUUUUGGGAAAUAAAGGGUUAAAUUGUUGACUGUCAUAGUUACACCAUAUACGCUGGAGUGCUUUUGUAAAAGCAGGCUUGUCUUUCCGAUUCUGAGAAAUAAUCUAUUCCAAAAUCUCUUAAUCUUUAAUGAGUAUGUGAGCACAGCAAAGAAUGGAUUUCGCCAUGUUUCAAAUGUGGUUCUCGUGGAUCCCUCUGCUGGCCAAUACUGGUAUCACAAACUAUAAAAACUGCUUUGCCUGUUUCUCUGAGCACUAAUUAGGAAAACUGACAUUCUUUACGUCUGCAAAUUCCAUGACUCCCACACGGUCUGACACUGGCCGAGGACCAUAGGAUUUGUAGUAAAAAAAAAAAAAAAAAAGCUGAGAAAAAGCAGGUUCUGGUAUUCUAUGAUCUGAUAAUGAGAAGGCUGAAAUGUUCAUGUUCCAGCUCUGGUAUUUUUACCUAAAAUGUUUAAUUUUUUUGUGUUCAUUCCUUGACAAAUACAAAUGUCUUCAAUAAUUCUAUGUAUGUUUUAAAUCCUGAAUUUAGACAUCUGGAGUCCCUUGCGCUACAUCAUACCGUUAUGUAUGUAGAAUAUUUAAUGACUGCUGCCUGAAGCUGUUAAAUAUUAAUCACACCAGGCUUGCUAAUAUAUGUUAAUUUAAGUUUGUUUCAAGUAAGUGAAAAUCUCAAGUUCUUUGGUCCAACUUGCCAAGCAUCUCGAUGUCUGGACAAGGGAGUCUAACAAUAACAUGAUAGAUUGUGUAUCUCCUGUAAGGCCCCAAAUACUACACCUUUAGCAUUAUACACUCAGCCCAGGGACUUUUAAGAUCUAUGAUUUGCUGUAAUACUCAUAAUCGAAGGUUUGCUUAAAUUAAUACCUUCAAAAUUGUUUUGUUAAAGAGUUGUCUUCUAUAUUCGUUUAAGUAGGGCUAAAGCAAUUAACAUAUUUAUUCUUUUUUUUUUUUUUAAUUAUACAUUCUGUUCUGUAUAUACUUAUGUUCUGGCAUUUGUCUUUUCUUACAGUUUCAAAUUUAGUUGAAAUAUUAUUUUUCUGGUAAGACUUGGCGAUGGAAAAUGGUUACCAAGACAUUUGUGUGCCAAAGAGGGGCAUUUUGGAAACUUGUAAUAUUACCAAACUGAUCAACAUAUACAACAUGUUCUGAAAGUUACAGCCCUUGACUUCAAACAUGUGUAAUAGAUGGAAUCCAUGUAAAUGUGUACACUGCUCUCUUUAUGUAGAGUACCUUCAAUUAUUUGAUUGUUCCAUAUUCUCUCUCUAGCAUUGAUCCCAUGUAUAU